CUCCAGCGGUUACGUGAUCAUGACCGCCAGGAAUUCAAGAAUGCCGAGGUAGAGCUUGGGGAGUAACUCACGAAGCUUGACCGCAACUGGACUGGUGCAAGCGACUCACUGAGGCGGUCCGGGAGUGCGAGUGUAAUCACCAAAAUCCUCUCCCGAUGCCUCCCCGCUACGACAUCAGCAGCCGCCCGAGCCCUCAGACCUCUCCUCCGCAAGAAGACAUGGUCAUCGUGCACGAGAGAGCCGACGAGCGGCCGGAGCCUACCAACUCGCUCAAGAUCGACAUGGGCGGGAGAGAGAACAUCUUCCACGUCUCGCCCGUCGCGCAGACGCAGCCGAUCCCGCCGCUCACGUCGGAGACCUUCCGUGCGCUCAGCGACGACAUCCCCGACAGCGAGGACGAGGGCGUGCGCAACCGCAGUGCGAAGGCGAUCCCCAUUAAGAACGGCUUGCACCGCGCCGGCUCGUCGCGCCUCAGGUACGAGGACCCGAUGGCGCGCUCGCUCCCGCGGAGCCUCAUCGACGUGCACAUGGCGGGCUGCUCAACGUCCCCAGGCAUGCACAACCUCCACACGGCCAUCCACGAGCGGCGCGAGGCCCAGGACAGCAAGGACAGCGGAUUCGGCGGAACCUGACGUCCCGGAGGUACGUGAACUGCCAGGAGAUGUCUGAGGAGGAGCGGCAAGUGCGCCGGCGCGCACAGCUGCAUCAAAUCCUGCAUGAUCCAACGAUCAAGAGCAUUCACCUGCACUCCCCCGCACCCGUCAUCCCUCCGCCUCCCACGCCGACGCGGUUGAAUACGGUCCACUGGGCGAGCGAGGCCGCCAAGGCUACUGAGGGCGCGCGC